AGCACAUUUUCUACGUAGUAGUUGGGCCAUAGAAGCGCCAUGGAGAUAGCUAAAUAGUCUUUCAAAACCGCUCAACACUUGGGUGUUCAUUUCCUAUAUUGCAUCGAAGGCGUUUGCACUACCCCUGCAAGCCAAAAACAAAGAAAGAGGUAGUACUCCCUUGAAGGAAAGCAAAACCUUAGCAAAGCGUUAAUAAUACUGCUGCCCAAACGCAUAGAACAGUUGUGACCUGACAUGAAAAGAGCCGAACAAGGCUCUUCUUGCUUUUAUUUAUUUACAUGAACCUCUCUAGCACGGCGUGGAUUCGCCAGCCGGAUGAUUUCUACGUCAUUGAAGAACUGCGCCACUCGCACUACGAUGAACACGGUGUGUCGUACAACAAGAGCUCUCGCGCGCACAGCACGAUCACAUCCGUACUGGAGCCCUCCGCACGGGCGGUAGAUGGAAGUAGAGGGGACACCUUCCCCACUCGUAAAGACCACGAAACACAUCUCACAAGAACAGGACGCUUUCUUAAAGGGCGUUCGCGACGUGAUGUUCUGGGCGACCUGCAAUGCAUCCGCGCCGAGGCGAAUACGCUUGUGCUGCGACGGCUGCUGCUGCGCUGGGGGCUUUACGCCGUACGCCGCAGCGCUCUGCGCCAACUCCAGCAGGACACGCUUCACGUACUAUGGCAGCGACUGGGUGGCCGGUGCUUUGCGUGGUGGCGCCUUCUCACGGAGCGGCGGCUGUGCCGCGAAGCGCUUUAUCAGGAAGCAGAGAUUCGUGAAGCGUCGUUCUUGCGCGACUUUGUUUGUCGAACGGUGUGGGGCAGGUGGCAGCAGUGGGCCCGCACUCGUGGACGUCGUCGCGAUCGGGCAUUUCGCCUUUCCCUUGUGAACCGACAGCGUCACGCCCUUCUGCGCUUCUGCGCGUGGUGUUGCUACCCACGUCAGUGCGCCGUGCUGCGCCACCUCCAGUGCAUGCGCUUUGCUGCGGAGCGUCGACUGGUGCGCUUUUUUUUGGUUCAGUGGCGAUCCCACACGCUCCAACGCUUUCUCGCGUUUCCGUUGGAGGUUAAGGCGGCUCAGCAGGUGGCCGUGCGCGCGUUCCGUGCGUGGAAGCGUCGAGCGUUGAUAGGGGCGUAUCUGCACCGCACCCAGCAGGAGGCUUUGUGGAGUUUGGGGGUCCGCUGCUUUGGCAGGUGGAAGCGCUGGCUGCGCCGUCGACUGCAGGCGGCGCUCUUACAGAGAGCGAACGAGACACGUCUCCUCCUGCACAUCUUCACGCAGUGGGCCUGGAAGUAUCAACUAGGCGCACUAUCGAUUUCGAAAGCGCUUACUUAA